AUGGAGCAUGGCAAGGCGGCUUCUCUCGUUUCCUGCGCCAAAUUCCCGCUCGUAUUGCUGGAUGUUGGUUGGUUCCGCCGGUUCGCCUAUGCGAAAAACGUACCAUGGCAACGCCUUCUAGUCGUUCCGCUGGAUAGACUCAUGAAAGAGGGCAAAUAUCGGGAGUUUGGGAGCAAGAGAUUAGCUGGGAUCAUUGCAUUGCCUGGUUGUGACGGCAUGGAUAUGACGGUGUCUACCGGGCUUGAGCCUUAUGGCUGUCUAUAUAAACCCCUACCUUUCUUCACUUCCUCUUCCCAUCUUCAUACUCGCUCAUACUCUCUACAUACUCACUCAUACUCACCCAUACUCUCUACAUACUCACCCAUACUCACUCAUACUCACCCAUACUCUCUACAGCCGCAACAGCUGUACAACGUCUCUGAACCAAACGAGUACCUGGUCAUCACCGGUGCCGGCAUCCAAGAUGUCAUCAUCAAGAAAACGGCUUUCCUCAUGCCAUGGCAGAAGUGUACUCGCAUCUCUAUCUCUCCCUUCGACUUUUCUCUCAAUCUUCAGGCCAUGACCAUCGAGAAGCUCCAGUUUGCUCUCCCUGCAGUCUUCACCAUCGGCCCGGAUAACAACCUGGCGUCGCUCAAGAAAUACGCCCUCCUGCUGUCUGGUAAAGCCGAUCGCAAGAGUAACUCCAACCAAGCCUCUGGAAACUAUGUGCAGGAUAUCGUCAAGGGUAUUAUCGAGGGUGAGACUCGUGUCAUCGUCUCUGGCAUGACCAUGGAGGAGAUCUUCAAGGAACGCCAGCUCUUCAAGCAACAUGUCAUCGACAACGUUCAGAAGGAGUUGGACCAGUUUGGUCUCAGAAUCUACAAUGCCAACGUCAAGGAGCUCCAGGACGCCCCUGGAAGCGAAUACUUCACCUACCUCAGCCGCAAGGCCCAUGAAGGAGCACUCAACCAGUCCAAGGUCGAAGUCGCCGAAGCUCGCAUGAGAGGUGAAAUCGGAGAAGCCGAGAAGCGAGGAAAAACCAAGCAAGAGAUCUCCAGAAUCGACGCCGAGACAGCCGUCCUCGAGACCAAGCGUCGAAGUGACAAGCUACAGGCCGAUGCCCAGCUCACCAACCGCCAGACGGAGCUCAACAUGGGCAUCGAGCUAGCCAGAAUCCAAGCAAAACGCCAUGCCGAAGCAAAGGAUUCCGAAUUACAGAAACAUGUCGAGACCAAGCGUGCAGAGACGGAGCUCGAGAGACUUCGAGCCAUCGACGUUACCAAAAGCAGAGCAGCCAGAGAAGCCGCCGAACAGACCGCUGAAGCCACUUACUUCAGCCGCACUAAGGAUGCAGAUGCCAACCUGUACCGUACCAAGGUGGAUGCUGACGCAGCCUUCUACCGCCAGACCAAAGAAGCCGAAGCAGCAUUCUACGCCAAACAGAAAGAAGCCGAAGGUAUCAUGGAAAUGGCCAAGGGCUAUGGCGCCCUCGCCGACGUCCUCGGAGGACCACAGGGUCUCCUCCAAUACAUGAUGAUCCAGAACGGCACGUACGAGAAACUCGCCAAAGCAAACGGCCAAGCCAUCCAUGGCCUCCAGCCCAAGAUCUCCGUCUGGAACACCGGAAGCGCAGAGGGGGGCGCAGGUGCAGCAGACCCAACCGCACCACUGCGCAAUCUCAUGCAGUGCAUGCCCCCCCUCUUUUCAACCAUACACGAACAAACGGGCAUUGCGCCCCCAAACUGGGUGGCUCAAAUGCCACCACCAGAGAAGCAGCAGCUGCUGCCAGAGCACCCCCAGAAGGUUGGAGGUGCUAAGGUCAAUGGAUCGGGGAAGUAA